CAUACAGGAAAUUCUUAUCAACGAGUGAGGGUGAAAUGUAUGGUCCUCUGUCUCUCUCCUUGGCCUGAGCUUCUUCUUCUCCUUGCUCUUAAUCUAAAGUUUAUUAUAUUAUAGCUCUGAAAGUGUAAGGCUUGUUGAGAAAUGUCCAUGUCCAUGGCAUUCUCAUUAUCUCCUCUGUCACAGCCUCACCCAUCUCCAAAAGCAGCAGCUACAACUCAUUCGCUCAUCCACUCUUUCUCCAUCCAUCCAUUUCGCUCAGCUUGCAUUAAAUCACCUCCUUCUUUCUCCAAGCUUCCUCUCACUCUUUCAGUCAAGUGCUCAAAGAGUGAAGCUCCGCCUGAAGUUGAACGUGCUCGAGGCGUCGCGGUCUAUAAACCAAAAUCAUACCAGGUCAUUGCUGAUGAUGCGGCUAAUUCUCUCUUUGCUGCUCUUAGUGAUGGUAAAACUCGCCUCGAAAUCGAUUUCCCGCCCUUGCCCAGCGACAUCUCAUCUUAUAAGGGAUCUUCAGAUGAGUUCAGUGAUGCCAACAUUCAGCUGGUGUUAGCAGUUGUUCAAAAGCUUCAAGAAAAGAAGGAAACAAGAGCUUGCAUUGUAUUCCCUGACAAGCCAGAAAAGCGUAGGGCCUCGGAGCUCUUUAAAGCAGCUUUUGACAUGAUUGGUGGCAUAUCAUUAGGUUCAUUAGAUGAUGUUCCUGCUGGUGCAGUGACCACAUUCUUCAGAUCCAUAACAAAAACACUGGAUUUUGAUUUUGAGGACGAUAAUGAAGACAGUUGGAAGUCUGAUGAACCUCCUUCCCUGUACAUAUUCUUAAAUUGCAGCACACGUGAACUACCUUUUGUGGAGAAGUAUGUGGACUAUUUUGCUUCAUCAACUCCUGCACUUCUUUUCAAUUUGGAACUUGACACAUUACGUGCUGAUCUGGGAAUUAUAGGAUUUCCACCAAAAGAUUUGCAAUACCGAUUUCUAUCUCAGUUUACUCCCAUCUUCUACAUUCGAAGAAGGGAGUACUCAAAGACAGUUGCAGUGGCACCAUAUAUUGUAAAUUAUACUGGAGCAUUGUUUCGCCAAUACCCUGGACCUUGGCAGGUGAUGCUCAGACAAACAGAUAAUUCGUAUGCUUGUGUGGCUGAAAGUGCUACUCGAUUUACUCUGGGUGAAACCAAGGAAGAACUACUGAGGGUCCUGGGACUUCAAGAGGAACAAGGAAGCUCACUUGAAUUCUUGCGAAGAGGCUACAGGAGUUCAACUUGGUGGGAAGAAGACGUUGAAAAGGAACUUCAUUCCGCUUGGCGUAGCUGAGCUGCAGCUGAAGAACACAGACAUCAAGAACUGCUUACAUUUUAAGUCCAAAGAAUGCAAUCAGAUAUACCAUAAGCAGCUGUGUGGGCUGUAGUCAAUUCUCGUGUCUCUUACCGGAUACAACAAGAGAAUAUUAUCAACAUCACUCUGAAAGGUCUGAUCACAAGGAUGUAUAGAUCACUUUUUGUUUACUUUGUUAGGGAGCAUAACAAUGAAGUCUUGGAUCAAGAUUAGCAUCACAAAAUAAAUUGAGAUGAUUUAUAGAAUUUUAGUCAAGAAAUAUACAUUCAUAUAUUCUUUGGUACUGCCUCUGCAAUCCUUAUGAAUUGUUAGACACGUCCUUUCCUCUUA